UCGCUUACUUUACGUUCUUAAUUUAGUGGCGGAAAAGUUGGAUCGUGGGAGCUUUUUCUGCCGCUGUUGACGCCGACUGCGCAAGAUUCGAGACCAUACUAUUAUCUUUUGCGGUGAAUAAAGACGGCGGUAUCGGGAUUUCUUGAAAUGAAGCCCGGAGACAGCCAGCUGGUCGAAGCUGUUCGUAAGCGGGAGGCACUUUGGAAUGUGCGGCAGGCAGCAUAUCACCAGCGCAAGCACAAGCUGCGGCUAUGGGCGGAGGUGGCGGCAGAGACCGGACGAAAUGUUGCUGAUGUAAAGUCAAGAUGGAAGUCCAUCCGGGACUAUUUUAUGAAGUGUCGGCAGGCCCCGCCGAGCGGCUCUGCUGCCAGCUCGACCACCGACGGCGCCACGCAGAGGGAGCUGAGUUUCCUCAAUGAUUCUGUCAAGCCAAAGCCCGUGACAACAAACCUGACGGCGCCACAUGCUGAUCCUGAUCCCUUAUCGCUUGUAGAGGAUCCUCACUUGGAGAACCCUGACAUAGAAGAAGAACACUCUGGUGAUCCAUGGCUCGUAUUCUCGGAAGUGGACGACGAGUGGGAGCAGGACUCCGCACCCCGCGCGCCGCCUGCUGGCCCGCAGAGGGCCUCUACACCUCGGGAGCCAUCUGCUGAUCGCCCGCAGCAGGCCUCGGCACCCCGCACGCCGCCUGCUGAUCGCGCGCAGGAGGCAUCUGCUCCUCGGGAGCCGACCGCUGACCGACCAGAGCAGGGCGAAGUCCAGCCCCAGAGGCCUCGCCGGCGUGCCCGUCGGGUGGCUGCCGACGAAGGGACCAGGGAGAUCCUGCAGCGGGCGAUUGAGCAGGUGCAGCAAGCCGUCGAGAGGCUAGAGGACGAUGAUGCCAUCUUUGGACAUUUGGUGGGUCAGGAUAUCAGGCAAGUGGCAACUAGAAAGAAGUCCCUUCUUAAAAUCCAAAUCAUGCAGCUGAUCCACGCUGCGGCAUAUGAGGAAUGAUAUCCAGUCCUGCAACAGCUACAGGGCCCGGCAUUUGUUUUGCUUUAAAUCAAUGCUGUUUUUAAUGUGUUAUAGAAUCGCUAGGCUUAUGUUUGAUAAUGUUAGCAAGCGCUUUUCUCAGG